AAUUGUGCCUAAACGGUCGGUUCAAAGGCUGAAUUAUAUUAUAGACUACUAACUACAACUAAACAACGGUCGAGAAAAAGCAGCCAAGUACAAAAAAAUUAUGUUGUCAAGUUCAAAUGCUAAAUCAAGAUGCCUCUGGUUAAUGUUUAUAUGGUCGAUUUUAAUGACCUUAAUGUCGCAAUUCUUUAAUAUGAAGGAACAUAUUGCGUUCUAUUUAUUUGCCAUUUUAAGUGUUGUUCUACUUCCAGUUUUAACUGCUAUAUACAGUAAUACAAGCGGUAGAAGGGGUAGUGGACUAUUAAGGUUCGUCGAAAUCGUAUACCUUCUAUACUAUGUAAUUAUAUUUCAUCCCACUUUACAACUAUUCUUUUGUUAUACUAAAAAGAGAAUCUUUCAAAAUUAUCUUACUCUUAUUGACUAAUUAUAUAUAAUUAGCAUUAUCUUUCGACUUUUUAGAGCUGGAUAUGUUCUCACUGAUCCUAUAUUAUCUUCAAUAACUAUUGGUCCAUUUCUAAUAUUGAAUAAAUUACCGGAUAUUCUCAAUGAUAUAUCGUGCCUACAAAAAUUCAAUCAAACCGUUUGCCAAAUAAAUAUAUCAACAACUGAACUGGAUGAAACAAUAUGCGAUAGUGUGUUGCUUGAUAGAAAGGUUUUUAUACUAUUAUUGCUAUUAACCGUACAGUAUGUUAAGAAUCUUACAAAUAGUAAUAAUUACAUCAACAAAACCACUAAUAUAAAAUAUUUAAUUGCAGAAAAAACAGCUAAUUCUCAUUCAAGCUUCAAUAGUUUUACCAGCCAUUUUAAUCUUUAUUCUGGGUAGAAGAACUCGCAAAAUGUACUUGACAACCUUUCUUUUAUCCUUUGCUUAUUGGUUUGUGGUUACUUUGGAAACUGCAUCACUGCUAGACUCUCAUAUAGAACUGAUAAAGGAUAAGCAUACAGUUAUAACUACAUCAACUAUCAUCGUCAUUACUCAAAUAUUGACAAACAGUUAUGCUGCAGUGACGCUCUGCUCUUAUUUAACGCCAACAGAUAACGAUUCUUCCGAUUACGAUAGAUUCAAUUUAGUAUUUCGUAGUUUAGUGGCUAUUGUAGGUAUAUGCUUCUGUGAAAUACCACUAAUAGUAGCUAGAAUGAAGAUAAUAUUAGGGGAAAAUGGUUCAACAUUACACGGGAGCUUUUUUAUUUGGUUUCUUAAGAAUAUUAUGACAAUUGUCUGUAUUAUUUGUGCUAGUAUUGGUAGUAAAUUUGCUGGGGAUAAAUUAAAGAGAAUGUCAUGUAAAGUUAAUUGGGAUGAAUUUGAUUCGUCAAACGUUCAUUUCGAACCGGAAAAAAGGGACAGCUAUAUUGUUCGAAUUAAAAAAGAGACUCUUUUGGAAAAAUGCAAUCUUGUUCAUGACAACGUCACAAGUUUAAUGACUAAUAAUAGAGAAACUGAAUCAAAGGAUAACAGAAAGAAGGUUACUUUUAAUCUUGAACCAAAGACUUAUUGA